AUGAGGAACAUCUCACUGGUGACUGAGUUUAUUCUGCUGGGCAUCCCGCACACAGAUGACCUAGAGACCAUGCUCUUUGUCCUGUUUCUGUCCUUCUACAUCUUCAUCCUUAUGGGGAACCUGCUCAUCCUACUGGUGAUUGUCUCCUCCGCUUGGCUGCACACUCCCAUGUACUUCUUCCUGUGUAAACUGUCUGUGUGUGACAUAUUUUUCCCCUCUGUGAGUUCCCCCAAGAUGCUCUUCUACCUCUCAGGGAACAGCCGAGCCAUCUCCUACGCAGGCUGUGUGUCCCAGCUCUUUUUCUACCACUUCCUGGGUUGUACCGAAUGUUUCCUGUACAUGGUAAUGGCCUAUGACCGCUUUGUUGCCAUAUGUUACCCUCUGCGCUACACAAUAAUCAUGAGUCACAGAGUGUGUGCCAUCCUGGCCAUGGGCACCUCGUUUUUUGGGUGCAUUCAGGCCACCUUUCUAACUACACUCACCUUCCAGUUGCCCUACUGUGGCCCCAAUGAGGUGGACUAUUACUUCUGCAAUAUCCCAGGGAUGCUGAAGUUGGCUUGUGCAGACACCUCGGCACUAGAGAUGGUGGGGUUCAUCAUUUUCAUUGUGGUGGGCAUCAACAUCAUUGUGCCCAGUUUCACAAUCUUUGUCUCUUAUUAUCUCAUCCUCACCAACAUCCUCCAAAUCAAGUCCAUGGAGGGCAGGUCCAAAGCCUUUAGCACUUGUACUUCCCACAUAAUUGCUGUUUCUCUGUUCUUUGGAUCAAUGUCAUUCAUGUAUCUCAAACCAUCUUCUGCUGGUUCUAUGGAUACGGAAAAAAUCUCUUCUGUCUUUUACACCAAUGUGGUUGCUAUGAUGAACCCCUUAAUCUAUAGUUUGAGAAAUAAAGAUGUGAAAACUGCUCUGAGAAAAACUCUGAGUAGGAGAUAA